AUAUGAGAAAUUAUACAGUACAUAGACACUUGCAGAUUUUUUACAGAUUGACUUAUGAGAAAUGCUACAACACAAGAUAAUUCAUCCUAAUAAGACAGUAACAUUUUAAGAUUUAACAUUUAUAAAUGAUUUUUAAAAAUGCAUUUUCCAUUAAUCACAAAUGACUGUGAUUGGUCCAUCCUUUCCAACGCUGAGAAAAGUAACAAAAGACCGCUUGACCAUUUAUCACAAAACCGUUUACGCGUUGUUUCGGCAGCAGCCUAGAGUACAAUUUACACCCGAAUAAUGACACUUGAAAUCUUUAAUAGCGUUUGAAUUAAAAAAAAAAAAAAAAAAAAGCGAGAGAGAAUUAUUUUUAGACCUAUAGUGUCUGAAACGACCUCCUGCCCCGCCUUUUCGUUGCAUCUCAUGCCGCUGUGUGAAUGAACACUACGCAGAGGAGGACAUGAAGACGGAUGAAAUACCUUUUCUGAUAGUGAGACUCUGACAAACGUUAUUAAUUGAUGACUAAACCUAUAUAGAUUUUUUUGUGUGUUUACGUUGAGAAUGGCAGCUGUGAGUCUGACCGGUCCUCUUUGUAAACCCAGUUCAUACAGUUCACAUUUUAAAGUUGAGGUGUGUGUGAAGAAGCCCUUGAUGCUCAUCCACCUGAGCAGCGAGCAGGUAGCACUGGAGAUGCUGUGUCUCUGCAGCCAACUGGACCUCUUGAUCAGAGCUCAGGUCCAUCAGUUUCAGGAGCAACUUAAAAUGGACACAAGUCCUGAGGAGUCUGAAUGCUUUAAAAGACAAGGGGCUGAGAUAAUACAUCAGAUGAACCAGUUCCUUGAACAUCUUUCUAAACCUGUGCCUCAGCUUGAGGACUAUUUGGAUGUUGUUGGAUUAUCUUUUCUAUUUCCUCGAGUGGAAGUGUAUAUCAUACAUGGCAGCCCUUUUGACAUGUUGGAAAGACCACCUUCAGAUGCAUAUUUUCCUCACAUUGGAAAGCUGAACCAGUUGCUAGUUCUCAGUCAGCAGUUAGACGAAGAUGUGAAGCAUCUGGGCAGUCAUAAGUACAUCGCUCAUCAGCUAUCAGCAAUCUAUCAAGUCCUAAACUCUCUGAAAGACAUUUUGUCAUUAUCCAUCAUAAGAAAGGAUAUUGAGGCCAACUUUAAGCCAUUGAAGAAGUCUCUUUUGACAGAACAGGGGUCCAAGCUGGAGCCACAGUUGCCAGCACAUUAUAUGAGCUGGGUGUCGGAGUUAACACACAACUUAAUAUCAACGGUACUGACACUCUCAGAGGAACUUACCGAAGAUCUCGGUCCAGUAAUGGAAUUUGUCUCCAACCUCUCCUAGUACAGGAUCCACAGUGCCUAAAGUGGAUGGCAAGAAAUUGUCACAGAAUGAAAAUCAAUAGUUUGUUUUCAGAUAUUCAUUAUAAUGUCGUUUGAUUUGCUGACCUGCAUAAACCACAGAUAAGAUCCAUAUAAAUUUAAAGUGCAUGUUUAAUAUCAGUUUACUGUUCUGUCAUAAGGAAAGAAACACUAUGACUAGUUAGGAUUUAUUGUCAUUCUUGUUAAACCAUUGUAGAUUUAUUUGCAGUUUUCUGAGUGUUUAGACAUAGGGGAUUCUUUCUAAAAAACAAAAACUGUGCAAUAAUGUCUUACUAAUACAUAAGUAUACUUGAAGUGACUGUUGCACAUGUUCUUUCUAUUCUGUAAUGAUGGUGCUAGCAUUGUUUAUCUCACAUGUAUAUCAUGAUUACAUUUGUUCAUUUCAUAUUUCCACUUUUCCCUGAGCCAGAUGUGGUAUACAGUAUAAUGUUAAUGUAUUCUGAAAUAAAGUGGUUGUAUAAUACAAAUAAAAAUCUAAAAAUAAAGCUAUGCUA